GCAACAGUGAACAGUGAUCGUUCGGACGCGGUGCCCACACCACACACACCAGCACUUGGCCGUGUGAGUGCGCCGCCACAUCACAUCGACAGCAGCAGCAGCUCGAAAAAGAAAAGAAAAAAAAAAAAGAGCAGAGCAGCGCCCCGGCGCGUCUUACACAUACACACACGCAGACACACGUGAAAGAAAAGAAGAAAAAAAAUUAUCGAAUGAAAUUUUCUUUUUUUUAAAUAUUCAACUGGCCUCAUUACAACAUUUCAGUGCGUUUUAUGUGAAUGUUUUGUGUGCUGCGUGUUUGCUUCUUCUUCUUUUAGUUGAGUGAAUGUGUGCAGUCGUGACGACAUUGUCGGAUGUGAAUCAAGUGACCCUCCCAUUCGUCGACAGUUUUUAGAAGGAAAAAAAAAACAAAACAAACGAGGAUCGGCACAAAAUAGAUACAUUCGUUGUCUUGUUCGACAGGCCGGGACGCCCGUUUAGUGAAUCACUGUGUCUCUUCGAGUGUUGUUGUUCUUCUCCUUCUUCUUCGUUCCUUUAGAUUUUGUUCGAUCGGCAAGGCGCCCCCCUUUUUUCUUUAUUUUAUUCUUCGUCCCGAUACGUAGAACAACAUCAGAAACGCCGUGUGUGUGUGUGUGUGUGUGUGUGGGUGCUUCCCUUCUUUAUAUAUACCUAUACAUAUAUAUACAGCACUAACACAACGCGAGGCACCCUGUUUUGCAUAUUUGGCCGCAAGGAAGAGUCGAGUCUCUCUCUCGUUAGUUCGACACUAAAACGGCCGACGGCCAUCCAAGAGGCAACUUGACAAAUAAGAACAACACGAUCAUAAAUAAUAAGAGAGAAAACAACAUCUCGGCAUAUUAUAUCGAGGGGCAGAUGCGACUCGCAUUUGAUGGUUCCCGAUCGUUCGUCAGUGGUUGAGAUAAAAAAUCAACAAUCGCCGCGUGUGCGAUAAAAGUGGCCAAUAUUUCGGCACGCCUCCGCCAAGUAUCAAAAGUUUGGCUGAAACGGCGAACUCGUUCGCUGUUCCGUGUCGCAGUUUUGCGCGUCGCAAAUGAGGCCGACCAAUUUGACAGAGACGUUCGAAUUAAGAGCUCCGUAUUAAGAAACGCGUGUUUAUGCUGUGUUCUCGGUGUUCGCCUAUAUCUGCAUUUGGAUUGCGCCUCGAACCACCAAUAAAAAGAAACUCGUUUUGCCCCCUCAAACUGAUUAACGGUGUGCAAUUUGAGCUGAUUGUAAACACAGCAGCACGGGUGAAAAGAAACAAGUGGAAAACUCGUUUGAUUUCGGGGCAGCCGGGGAAGUCUGUUCUCACCCAGAAACACGUCAGCCCGUUUGAUUCAUUUCAAGCAUUAAAACAUAAAUAGGCGUCCAUAUUAGCCUACGAGAGAAGGUCGGUAAAAAACAAAACAAAACAAACAAAGUGUUGCUGUGUAUAGAUUAUUGGCGUGAAGAAGAAGAACUGUUUGUGCUGAAAUUGUUUCGUACAUCAAAGUGUGGGCAGCAGCAGGGCGGGCGUUGGGGCGUGUGCCAUGGCGCAAUUCGGACAGCACAGCACGGUCAACGCGAUCAACAACGGCACCAGUUCGACAACAUCGUCGACAAUGACGACCAGCAGCGCUGCUGCACCGGCCAACAGCACGAACUCUGCCGCCGGCUCAACACCGGGCCACCAGGGUGCAAUGAGUAGCGGCAGUUGCAGUAGCAGCAGCAGCACUGGUAGCGCGAGCAACGAAAGAAGUCUUCGUCUGAUGGCUUCCUCUUCUUCUUCGGCGUCGGCAACGGCGGCCAUUUCAACAACGACGCCCUUGAUUUUGUCUUCUCCCCGGACACCACCGACGCUAGUUGCGCCCUCGUCGGGAUGUUGUUGCGAUGGCAGCCGGCCGUUAGUGCCCGAUCCGCUGACAGGUCAGCCGAUUUGCGCUUGCCAAUUGGAAUCGGGUUCGGCCUCUUCGGCCUCGACAGCCGCCAUGUUGUUGGGUCUGCCUCGAUUGAGCAGCAUGGCCACGACGACGACGACAACAUCAUCACCGGGCGCCACAUCGGCGGUCGGCCUAGGCCUCGGCCUCAGUCUUUACCAUCCUUACCAUCACCAUCAGCAACAGCAGCAACAACAACAACAAGCGCACGACCUGGUCCACCAUCACCAAGCGGCCGCCGCUGCCGCUGCCGCCGCCCAUCAGCAGCAGCAACAACCUUUCCUGACCCCCGAUCAAUCAUCAUUUUACGCAGCUGCUGUAAGUUUUGACGGCCAAAACCCCGUCUUUGAGAACGCGGGUCACGACCUCAAAGAUUCCGCACUGGCGUUCAACGGGGCGGCCGCCGCCGCCGCAGCUGCCGCUGGAUGGCCUUAUCCGUCAAUGUAUUAUCCUUACGAUCCGGCCAUGUCUGCCUAUCCCUUCGGCGGGUACGGAAUGGAUCUGAACGGUUCGCGCAGGAAGAACGCCACGCGCGAAACGACGGCGACGCUGAAAGCUUGGCUGUCUGAGCACAAGAAGAACCCGUACCCGACCAAAGGCGAGAAGAUCAUGUUGGCCAUCAUCACCAAGAUGACGCUGACGCAGGUGUCGACCUGGUUCGCCAACGCGCGCCGCCGGCUCAAGAAGGAGAACAAGAUGACGUGGGAGCCGAAGAACCGCAACGACGACGGCGAUGACGACGACGACGGCGAUAGCAGCGACGCCGAACCUUCGAAAGAUCACCACAAACGGCCGUCUUCAGACGGACGGGAGGCAGUUUUGAAUUCGGUGGAGAGCAACGCGGCUCACCAUCGGUCGUGGAACGGCCUGCCGUCAGCCGGAUCGGGUCACGUGAUGGAUGACCACCACCACCACCUCCACCACCACCACCACCAGCAAUUGCAUCGAUUGCACAAUCAGCGUCACCAUCGCGACAGCGAGGACAACAUCGACGUCAUGUUGGACAGCGACGAAGAAGAGCUGGAUCUGUUGAGUUCGGGCGGCGAUUCGGCCUGUCUGUCGCCGCCGGCCGAACACCAUCCGCAUCACCUGGCGCAUCAUUUGACGUCGACGGGCGUGGCGCACAGUUCCUCCUCUUCGACGACGACGUCGACCAAUAGCAAACCGAAGAUCUGGUCACUGGCCGACAUGGCCGGCAGUCAGCCUAGUCAUCAAGCGGCAGCAGCCACGGCCACCGGCGGCUCUCCUCAUCACACGGCGGCGGCGGCGCUGAUGCAGCAGCAUCAACAGCAAGCGGCGGCCGCGGCGGCCGUCGCAGCCGCCGCCGUUUUCCCUUUACCUUUCGGCCCGCUGUCGCAGGCCUUUGGUCUCCGAUCGCCGCACAGUAGUUUCAUGCCUCCCAACAACAACAACAACACCAGCAACACCACUGGCCCAGGUGGUGGGAAAUUGUUCUCGCCGCGAUUGCCACCGUCUUCACCUUACCUGGACGCCGUGACCGGUUCACCUUACGGUAGGCCUACGACCGGUGUCUACCGGUACGCGGCCGGCGGAGUGGCGCCGGCCAAUCCGGCACCAGGGAUGGCUAACGCACCGUUGACUUGCGCGCCAUCUAAUAACACGUCGCCCUAUAACAGUGUGAGGAGUAGCAACUUGGCGGCCGGAGGAGGCGCAGCCGCAUCGGCCGGUGAGGCGGCCUCGAUGGCGUUGGCCUACAAUCAGCUGAUGUCCAGCAUGGCUGCUCAUUUCCAGCAGCAGCAACACCUUCAGCAUCAUCACCAGCACGGCUUGGGUGCAGCUGGCAACGCUGCCAGCACCGCUAAAUUAGGAGGUGCCUCUUCUGCUACCUCACCUGGAGUCCUGGAGAACCUGGAAAAAUUAGCCGCACUAGCAUCGGGCGCUUCGUCCUCCUCGGCUAACAAUCGCAGUGAUAUCAAGAGCAGCGUUGCCGGUAAUUGAACUUCACCCAAUGAAUGAACAUUUUUUGUCUGUUUUUUUUUUUUUCAAAUUCCCCAGUUGGGCGCCAUUUUUUUUUUCCUGCAAAACGAGAGACACUCGUGCAAAUGUGUUAACCAACAUCACCUAUCACGAUUAGUUCCUUAUUUGUUUGAUUCUAUUUCAUUAUUAUUAUUUGAUUUGCGAAUUUUUGCUGCCGUAUUCCAAAACGUUUGACUUGCCAUCCGCUGAUUUCUUUUUCAAUUUGAAAUUUGAAAUGAAAAAAAACCAAACAAAAAAAAAACAAACAAAAAAACUAAAUGAAUAUCCUUUUUUUUUUUAUUAUUGCCACAUAUUACGUGCUGUUUUUUGUGUGUGUGUGUCUGCCUCCGUCUUACAUGUCCACCCCCUUCCUGUUGUUGAUUGUUCGCUGCGUGUGUGCCCAUCACUCGCCAUCGUUUCUGUACAAUAAUAGGCCCAAUAUUCGAUCAUCCCCGCGUCAUGUCUCUCUUAGCUUUUACGUUUCCCAAUCAUUUCCUUCCUUUCGAUGAUGUUGAACCCGUUUUCUAUCGGGUCUUUUGCAUUGAAUUUCUACAUUUUGAAAAUUUUUUUUUUUUUCGAGGCUCCCCCCCAUCCCCCCUUCUUUUUACCUGAGCGGUCGUCGAGGUCGGAGAUCUCAUUCAAGCGAAAUAACACACGGACGACGUCGAAUGAUUCGGCAAUUUUCAGACGCUCCUUUCCCGAUCGAAACGGCCCAAAAAAAAAACCCGCGCACAAUUUUUUUGUUAUUUUUCAUUUCCCUUUUCACGAAAACAAGAAAGAAAAAAGAAGAAGAAGAAGAAGAGAGUUUACAAAAUUCGAUUAUUGUUUCAUUCUAAACAAAAAAUAAAAUAAAAUAAAACAAAAAAUUUAAAUAAAAUUAUACAAAUGGGCUUCAAAUAUAAAAUUGUAUAAUGUCUGCUGUGUGUUCAGGGUUUUCAUAUACCAUCGAUACAUCGGACGAAACGAUUUAGAAUAUGUAAAACUUUAUUUUUGAGUGAUUUGAUUGGCCGAAUCAAAUGCGAUUUUUUACAUUUUUCUUUAGGGUUUCCAAUUGAUUUUGUCAAGUCGAUAUAGGUCACGUUGAUGGAUUGCGACCAUCUCCCAGUUCACAUGUUCCUAAUUUCUCCCAUCUUACAUAUAGAAUAAUUCGUAUAUACCUUUUGUGAACCAUAUAUACCCUCUCGCGCAAAAACGAACCAAAAAGAAAAACAAAACAAAGGACAAAUGUCUGUCCUAUUUUGGAUUUUUAUGCCUCUCUCUUUUAUACGAAAAAGACAGACGUCAAUCGAUAUAAAUAGAAGACAAAAAUUUAAGAGCUAAUAGACAUUUUGUUUUGGCUAUAUAUAUACAUAUAUCGUGCUGUGUUUGUUGCAUAACCGCAUGAAAACUGAUGCGCUGUUUGUUUCAUGUGCGUGAUGUACGUCAAUUUCAUCAUUUUUUUUAAGGGGGAAGGGGGGGGGGGGCUUUUCCGUUUUAUCAUCACCACAUUGCACAUCACGGUCUGUUUUCCCACCUUUUCUUUCGUUAUCUGCCCCUCCCGGAAAACAACAACAAAUUGAACGCCAAACUAUAUUACAUAUACGAAUGUACAUAAUAUAGGAGCGAGUUGGGAGACUUGGCCAUGGCAAAAACCAAUCUAAAUCAAUGAAUUAUGUAGAGACACGUGAAAGGCAGCAGCCAUUGUAUACACACAUCAUCAGCAACUGGCAAAAGUUUAUAUUAUUCAUUUAAAAAAUAAAAUAAAUAAAACGAGGAUAUUUUUCGUGCCCAUUUGUCACCUCAAACCUCAAAGGAGUGAUGUGGAAAUGAUGAGAAUGACGCAAAACACAUCAAAAAUCAUCCCAAAUCGAGCUGAUUAGAUCAUUUGUUUUUUUCUCGUUAUUUUCUUGGCUUUCGUGUGCGAGUUCAUUUCUAUUGUCGAAACGAAUGAUUGAAGCUUGUUUACAAAUAUGUUUGCAAUUUGAAAUGAAUUGUAAUGUUUUUGUUUGUUCGUUUUUUUGUUUUCCUUCGUGCUGCUGCGCAAUGAGUCCGAAUUGUUUCCAUAUCUCUUUAGCCUCUAAAAAUAUCUUUUUUUUUUUUUAAUUUCAUUGUCGACCUGGAGAUUUCUUGCCCGGCAACUAUUGUUGUAAAAAAUACAAUUUCUUCAACCAAAA